AUGCUCGCCCGCACCGCCCUUGCCCGCCCGAGAUCCGCCUGCGCCGCCCUCGCCCUCGCUCGCUCCUCCCCCACCUCGCCGCCGCCAGCACUCGGCCGCUCCCUCGCAACCAGCACACUCGACGCCCAGCCUGGACAUGGCCACCUGCGCAUGAUCCUCCUCGGCGCACCGGGCGCAGGCAAGGGCACCCUCAGCGACUGGCUCAUCGACAAGUACGACGUCGACACGGUCGUCGUCGGCCAGCUCCUCCGCAAUGAGAUCCUCAACCGCACCCAGCUCGGCAAGACGGCAGAGGCAACCAUGCGCGCAGGAGGACUGCUCCCCGACGACCUCGUCCUCGAGGUCGUGCAGCCCGCCGUCGACGCCCUGCGCCAUCGAAACUGGAUCCUAGACGGCUUCCCUCGCAAGGCGUCGCAGGCGGCGGCCCUCGACAAGCUCCUCGGCAAGACGGGCGACCACCUCAACUUUGUCGCGUCGCUCAAGGUUCCCGACCAGGUCAUCUGCGACCGGAUAGCAGAGCGCUUCAUCCACCUCCCGUCCGGCCGAACGUACAACCUCAAGUUUAACCCGCCACAGACCCCGGGCAAGGACGACGUGACGGGCGAGCCGCUCAGCCAGCGGCCCGACGACGAGCCUGAGACGGUCCGCCGACGCCUGUCGGCCUUCCACGCCGAGAAUGACCCGCUCCUGGCGCACUACGACGGCGCGCUCGUCGCGUUCGAGGGCGAGACGAGCCGCGAGAUCUGGCCUGGCCUCGAGCGCGCUCUGCUCGACAAGUUCCCCGACUUGCCCCUGCGCACGACCCCUCGCACGCCCUGAUUCUCGCCCUCUCUCGCUCUCGCACUCUCUCUCUCUCUCUCGCAUCCUCGCACAGAUCGCAAUGCACAUACGUCGAGUUGCAG